CCACGCGUGGUACGAGGUUGUGUCUCUCAGGUGAAGCAUGGCUAAAAGCCUGCGGAGUAAGUGGAAGAGGAAGAUGCGGGCCGAGAAGAGAAAGAAGAAUGCGCCAAGGGAGCUCAACAGACUGAAGAGUAUCCUCAGAGUGGACGGGGAUGCUCUAAUGAAAGACGUUGAGGAGAUAGCAACCGUGGUGGUAGCCAAACCUCUACAGGAGAAAAUGCAGUGUGAGGAAGGGCGGUGUGACGCAGAUGAGGAAAAGGAUGACAUGAAAAUGGAAACUGAAAUUAAGAGAAACAGAAAGACUCUUCUAGACCAGCAUGGCCAGGACCCAGUGUGGAUGAACCAGAGGCAAAGAAAAAGACUGAAGGCCAAGAGAGAAAAGAAACAAGGGAAAAGCAGAGCAAAGGCCGAGAAGGGCCUGGCCUGGUAGACCUUAAAGACUGGCAAGGGAGACAGGCGUGGUGGUGCACCCCUUUCAUCCCAGCACUCAAGAGGUGGAGGCAGGUGGAUCUCUGUGAGUUCAAGGCCAGCCUGGUCUACAGAGCAAUUCCAAAGCACCCAGGGCUCCUUUACACAGAGAAACUGUGUCUUGAAAAUACAAGCAAACAAACAAACAAACAAAAAACUCAGAAACUUUGUUUUCAGUUUGGACUUAGUUCUGUAAUUCAAACCAAAAUAACUCAUUUGUGUUAGAAACUUGAAUAAAAUCUCUUUGGUGAUGAAAAAAAAAAAAAA